GUUUUUAAGAGCAUCGUUUCUUCAUCCUAUUGGCACCGUCGUCAUUUUCAUUCCUUCACACUGUGGUAGCGAUUGCGGUCUCUGAAUCCGAAUUGAAUUUUGAUAUCAAUUGAAAAUUGACGUGACGUGACGUGACGUGACGGUGACGGUGACGAUGUCGGAGAUGGCGAGCACAGAUCCCGAGGGUGUUGACGGAGUCCGUAUGACGUGGAACGUGUGGCCGAGGAGCAAGGUGGAAGCGAGCAAGUGCGUGAUCCCACUCGCCGCCACAAUCGCCGUGAUCCGCCCUCAUCCUGACAUCCCGAGACUCCCUUACGCCCCUCUCCGCUGCAAGACAUGUUCCUCCGCCCUCAACCCUUUCUCCCGCGUCGACUUCACCGCCAAGAUCUGGAUCUGCCCCUUCUGCUAUCAGCGCAACCACUUCCCUCCUCAUUACAACGCAAUCUCCGAGACUAACCUUCCCGGAGAACUCUACCCUCAAUACACCACUGUUGAAUACGCUCUCCCUCUUUCAACCAAUUCCUUCGAUCCUUCCCCUGUUUUCCUCUUCCUCCUUGAUACAUGCCUCAUCGAGGAAGAGAUCCAGUUCCUCAAAUCCGCAAUUCGACGGGCGAUUGGUCUCUUACCAGAUAACGCUCUUGUAGGUUUCGUUUCUUUCGGAACACAGGUUCAGGUUUAUGAAUUGGGGUUCUCCGAUAUGUCUAAGGUUUAUGUAUUCAGAGGUACUAAGGAGAUUUCUAAAGAUCAGAUUUUGGACCAAUUGGGUCUUGGUGCUCCUGGCACUACUGGAAGGAGACCUCAGAAGGGUGGUUUACCAAAUCCUGGUGUCACGCGAUUCUUGUUGCCUGCUUCUGAUUGUGAAUACACUCUCAAUUCGCUGUUAGAUGAAUUGCAAACAGACCAAUGGCCUGUUCCGCCUGCCACACGCCCCUCCCGGUGCACCGGAGUGGCUUUGAGUGUUGCGGCCGGAUUGCUUGCUGCUUGUAAUCCCGGGACCGGGGCUAGAAUCAUAACUUUGGUUGGGGGCCCUUGCACUGAAGGACCCGGCACGAUUGUAUCAAAAGAUCUGUCUGACCCGGUGCGUUCUCAUAAAGAUCUUGAUAAAGAUGCAGCACCAUACUUUAAGAAAGCAGUAAAAUUUUAUGAUAGUCUUGCAAAACAGCUGGUUAGCCAGGGUCAUGUUUUGGAUGUUUUUGCAUCAGCUCUUGAUCAGGUUGGAGUUGCAGAAAUGAAAGUUGCAGUUGAAAGAACUGGUGGCCUUGUUGUCUUGGCUGAAAGCUUUGGACAUUCAGUCUUCAAGGAUUCUUUUAAGCGCAUUUUUGAGGAUGGGGAGCAAGCUCUUGGUCUUUGUUUCAAUGGAAGCCUUGAGAUAAAUUGCUCCAAGGAAAUCAAAAUUCAGGGAAUAAUUGGACCUUGCACAUCAAUGGAAAAGAAAGGGCCUUCAGUUGCUGAUACUGUUAUAGGGGAGGGGAACACAACAGCGUGGAAGAUGUGUGGCCUUGACAAGAGUACAUGCUUGACUGUGAUGUUUGAUCUUUCAUCAAGUGAUCGUUCAAACACUCCAGGUGCUGUCAACCCACAAUUGUACCUGCAGUUCCUUACAAGUUACCAGAGCCCGGAUGGUCAACUUGUGCUUCGAGUGACAACAGUAACUAGAAGAUGGGUAGAUAGCUCUGUUAGCUCUGAGGUAGAAUUGGUUCAAGGAUUUGACCAAGAAACUGCUGCAGUGGUAAUGGCUAGAUAUGCUUCUUUGAAAAUGGAAACUGAGGAAACAUUUGAUGCCACACGGUGGUUGGAUCGGUUCCUCAUUCGCCUCUGUUCUAAGUUUGGUGACUACCGCAAGGAUGAUCCUUCGUCUUUUACAUUAAACCCAUCCUUUUCACUGUUCCCCCAGUUUAUGUUCAAUCUGCGACGGUCACAGUUUGUACAGGUUUUUAACAACAGUCCAGAUGAAACUGCAUACUUCCGCAUGUUGUUGAACAGGGAAAAUAUUAGUAAUGCUGCUGUCAUGAUUCAGCCAUCUCUAAUAUCAUAUUCAUUUAAUUCACUGCCUGCACCUGCAUUGUUAGAUGUGGCUUCCAUUGCCGCAGACCGGAUUCUGUUGCUAGAUUCAUAUUUUAGUGUGGUAGUUUUUCAUGGGAUGACAAUAGCUCAAUGGCGCAACUUGGGAUACCAGAACCAACCAGAACACCAGGCAUUUGCACAACUAUUACGAGCUCCACAUGAUGAUGCCCAAAUGAUAAUUAGAGAACGGUUCCCUGUUCCUAGAUUGGUAGUGUGUGAUCAACAUGGUUCCCAGGCUAGAUUUUUAUUAGCAAAGCUGAACCCCUCAGCAACAUAUAAUAAUGCCCACGAGAUGGCUGCUGGUUCAGAUGUCAUCUUUACUGAUGAUGUGAGCCUUCAAGUUUUCUUUGAGCAUCUGCAAAGGCUGGCUGUCCAAUCUUGAGGGCAGAUAAUAGUACGGACUGACAGUUUAUGGGUUCUGGACUUUGGUUUGGGGAAUUCACCAAUGAUGUGUGUGUCCUGCAUUGCGCUGUUGCAUUCAGUUAUUUUCCUUUCUUUCCUUCUUUCUUAACCAAGAGAAGGUUGGUGCCAGAAUGAAUUAAAGAAUAAGGAAGAAGGAAGGCGUGAAACAUGAUUCUUUAGGGUUCUGGUCGAAUUUUAUUUAAUGGAGAAAAUAAGGGGUUCAAACGUAUGUUGAGUUUGGGUAUUGCGGAAGGAAAGGGAUAGAAAAAUGAGUUAGAGCUACCUUUGUGACAGCAGCAUAGCAAACGAGGGAAAUAUUUUUGUCUCAUUUUUUCGUAUUUGUUUUGGCCCAGAUCUGAAUUUUUGGGUUCCUCAUCUGGAUUAAUUUAUAUAGUUCUUUUACUUUUACAUGCUCCCUAGGUUGCGAAGUAACAGAAGUCAUUUUGUCAUGUUGGAGUUUGAUAUUAGCUAUUCCCUCUUUACACUGUUUUGUAUUGUAUAUUGUGAAGUAAGCAUAUAGGACUCAUCGUGGUAAAUGAAUACUUUUGGGUGGUCCCUGUUUUCGUUCUAACUUCCAAUCCUGCC